GCACAUGUUUGCUCAGCUCGAGACGUAAGGGCCUAGAACAGAUGUGAAUGUAGACAAUGCCCACCUCCACACCCGUUCCGACUCGAAUCUCGCGGCCCUCCGCUACCUGAAUACUGUACCGCCGGAUCUAGCCGAGUCUGUGAAUGAUUGUAAUGGCCUCGCGUGCUUUCGCAUGUCGUUGAUUGCGACGGCCUCGGCAACCUUCUCGAUGAGCCGCAACAACUGCUGCAGACUGCUGCCCAUCCGCCUCCCUCCAGACUGGAACAUUUCCAGAUCGCAACGCUGUGCAAUAGAAUGAGUGUAUCUGAAAGAAGCCUAGUGACAAAGUACGCACGUCACCAAACCAUCAAUGGCCGGACUAUUAUCGCUGGAAGACCCGAAGAUGACUGGCCAUCUUGCAAGCCAGACUCUGCACGACGAGUGGCCAGUUGACUCCGAAGGCGAGACGACCCCUUGUCAAUCCCAUAAAUUCACGCCGUCCGUGAGAUCCAUGAAUCCUGCACCGCCAGCCUCAGAAUUACCGAUACCUCAUUCACCAGGAGAUCCUGAUGCUGGCCGCCAGCGCCGCAACUCGGUGCUCGAAAAGUCAGCACCGGCAUGGAUCCAGCAAACGACUACUAGGCAAGACUCCUGUGAACUGACAGACCUCGCAAGCGCAGCCGCAGGACUUCCGAGCACAGGGGCUCAGGUUGCUAAGGAGCGCGGGAGAACGACCAGGUUGAAGCGGCGCAUGAUCUGCCACCAAACCCUCUUAAAGCGCCAAGAAAGCGUGCUUUCCCCGAAUUCUUAUUGGACUCUCAUCAGACGGACGCUCUGCAAUGUACUAAGCACGGCAACGUCAGCAUAUCCAAAAGCGACGACCUACCAGGCUAGUCUCUUCCCCUGCCUGGAGUGCGCGAAAGCUGCCAAGAUCAACAACAUUUCUUGGGACGACUCUGGCAUUCUCGACCAGCCUAGCGACGAGUUCGUUGUGUAUACUGAUGGCUCCAAACUGAACCCAGCCACGAGCGCAGUGACACCGAUCGUAGGAACCGUGCCGCCGGAAGUGCUUCCAUUCAAAACGCAGGGUCCUGCUGGCGCUGGAGCAGCAUUUCGUUGCCAGGGUGCAUGGGAAAGGUCGGCUAUGGCGCUCGAUCCAAUGGACAAUAACGUUGCCAAGCUCCAUGCGAUCUCGUUGGCGCUCCAGGAGUUCGCAGACAAGUGUUUCCAGAACGACUACAGGCUACUCGCCAUCGCCACGGACUCCAAAGUUCUCUGUGCGAUUGCCUUUGUCAUUAUGGCGAAUCGUAGAGGUCAAUGACCGUUCGAUCUGUAAACUCGGGGUUCGGGUAGGG